GGUCCCGGCCAGUUGCACCCGGGACUUCGGUUGCUUCGGACGGUUGAAAUUCUGCUCCGGCAAUAGGACCUGCCCCUUCUACUGUUUCCUCGCCAGGACAAGUUCGAUUGGUGCGAAUCGGAGGUUGAUUUGGAACCUUGUGCCCGUUGUUAGUGAUUGGUUGCUGGAAGUGAAAAGCGAAGUGGAAAAGCUGAUUAGCUCUACCAAAAAAAGACAGUGAUUUGUGUUUUGUUUGGAACAGGAUAUAACAACAAUUUGAUUAAAAUGGCCACCUGCUACGGCUGCAAGGAGGAAAUCAAGGACAAGGUGCUGGAGGCGCUGAACAAAAACUGGCAUCCGGAACACUUCGCCUGCAAGGAGUGCAAGAAGCGCAUCAUCGAGAACAAAUUCCACGAAGCGGAUGGACGUCCGGUUUGCCCCAAGUGCUACGAGGUCAAAUUCCAGGCGAUCUGCGCCGCCUGCCGGAAGAUGAUCACUGAGAAAGUGGUCAAAGCGAUGGGCAAAGCCUGGCACCUGGAGCACUUCAUCUGCGGCGGUCCCUGCAAGCAGCAGCUUUCGGGCCAAACGUUCUUCGAGCGCAACGGAAAGCCGUACUGCACCGCCGACUACGAGCGGCUGUACGCACCGAAAUGCGGCGGCUGCAAGAAACCCAUAGUCGAGAAAGCGAUCUCGGCUGUCGAGGCUAAGUGGCACAAGGAGUGCUUUAAGUGCAAGCUCUGCAAAGAACCCAUCGGAGUGGACUCCAAGUUCCGCUCCGACAAGGACAAGCAACCGAUCUGCGAGAAGUGCGGCAUCUAGGCGGUUGCCCGACACGAUACGAACACUGUUUCCAUCUCUCUCUAUCCAAGUUUAAAUUGGCAAACCUUUUAUCAUCACAGGUGUACAAAAUGGUCAACAACUCACGUCUCUCACCAACCAGAGCAGAAUACCAGAGUGAAGUUGUAGAAUAAUUUAGAAAGAAUUUGUCCUCUCUCUUUACUUCUUUUGACGGAUGCUUCAGAAGCAAGCACGGUAUGUUACUCAUCUAGCUUUAUACGAAUUGUUAGCCCCUUUUUGUAAUGAGUGUUUAUAAGCCAAGCUUUAAGUGUAUUGAAUAAAGUAUUUAAGGAACUACAACCAAAGAUAA